AUGAGAGCAAAUAGGCGUGAUGACUCCAGUCGAGGCGAUAGAACCGCCCGCGCAAUCGCUGGUGCCGCCUCCCCUCGCCAACAGGCUAAGCUGCGCAAGAAGCUGACUCGCAAGGAGCGCGAGCGCCAGAAGGAACAAGAAGAGGACUCGGGGCGGCAGACGCGCCGCAAAAGGUUUUUGAAUCCCGACAAGGAGUUUGGAAAAACCAGCCUCGUCUACCAGCUCAAGCACGGCGUUUUCAAGAACGAAGUCUCCCUCGACAGCCUCCCGCCGCCUGUGCGAGCACGACCACGGGACGACUUUGAAUCGGAGCGUCCAAUCCGGCGAAACGAUUCCCGAGAUACUAAUGGGCAAACCCAGCCAGGAUGGAGUCGACAGUCGCCUGGCCAAGCUCAAACCCGCGACAUCGACAGAUCAGCUUCGCGAGGGGGACAGGAGCGACGAGGCUCUACUGGCAAUCAACCUCGCGACAGCCGGCCACAGCAACGAUCAAGCGGAGGCUUCCGCGAAAAACGACCGGAUGCCGACAGACACUCGCCUGAAUACUCUAGCGCAGCCCGCAAGAUGAUGCCCAUGUCAAUCAAGUACACCACAGCCGCUUCACAGUUUCUCUACGGAAGAUCCGUCGUCAAGGCCGCGCUGGAGCAGUCCCGACGAAAACUGUACAACCUCUACGUCUACGGCGGCGAGAACCGCGUGGACUCACACUAUAACCAGUCCAUGAUCCGACUAGCAGAGAGCCAGGGCAUUCCCGUCACGAUUGUACCCAACGACCAGCAGCGACUCAUGGACAAGAUGAGCACGGGACGGCCGCACAACGGCUUCGUGCUGGAAACGUCGCCUCUUCCGCAGAUUCCCGUGACGUCGCUGGGUCAGCUCGAGAAGUCGUCGUCUCCCGCCAACCGCGGGCCUGGCUUCCACGUCGUCCCCGGCUACCAGACGCGCGAGGAGGAGGCGGUCAACGGCACUGACGCCUUUAUCCGGCGACCGGGCGGCGACCGCACGCCCAAUCCGCUGGUGCUCCUGCUCCACGAGAUCCUGGACCCGGGCAACCUGGGCGCGCUCCUGCGCACGGCCAGCUAUCUCGGGGUCGACGCCGUCGGCGUCACGCAGCGCGGCUCGUCGGCCCUGACGCCCGUGGUGCUCAAGUCGGCCGCCGGCGCCGUCGAGGAAAUGACGCUCUUCUCCGUCGACGCGCCCGCCGAGUUCCUGGAGCGCUCCCGGAGCGCCGGGUGGGUGGCGUACGCGGCCGUCGCGCCCCCCGAGGAGCGGCUCGCGCGCAUCCACGGGGGCAAGUUCGUGUCGACCGACGACGUGGAGCGCCGCAGCCCACUCCUCGACAAGCCGUGCAUCCUCGUGCUCGGGAACGAGGGCCACGGGUUGCCGCGCCAGGUCAAGGUCGCGGCCGACUACGAGCUGUCCAUCCCGCGCGUCGUGCCGGACAGCUGCAUCGACAGCUUGAACGUAAGCGUCGCCGGCGCGCUGCUGACGCAUGCUUUAAUCAAGGGUGCCCUGCCGAAGAAGGAGGCGAGCCCGGUUGAUGAUAUGACGGCGGCGCGAAGGGAGGCAAAGGACGAUGAGUCGGAGGUGCUGUUUUAG